AUGACGUCGACGCCAGACGUCCCGCAGCAGUUGUGCAUCGUCGACGACAAGUCGCCCGUCUGCAUUCCCUUUAUCCUCGACCGUCUGGCCGCGUAUCAGAAGCAGCAGAAGCAGGACCAUGACCAUGACCAUGACCAUGACCAGAGCCACCACCACCAUCCCCGGCCCUUUCUCGUCGGCAUCAACGGCGUCCAGGGCAUUGGCAAGACCACCCUGGUCAGCGCCCUGGCCGAGACGCUGCAGAGCCGCCAGGGCCUCGAGACGCUCAUCGUCAGCAUCGACGACUUCUACCUCAGCCACGCGGACCAGCGCGCCCUGGCAGCCGCCCAGCCCGACAACGGCCUCGUCCAGGUGCGCGGCGAGCCCGGUACCCACGACACGCAGCUGCUAGCUGCUUUUUUUGACGCCAUCUGUGCCGGCGCCCCGACUCGCGUGCCCCAGUACGACAAGGCCGCUUUUUUCGGCCAGGGCGACCGCAUCGCUCCCUCAGCCUCCAACGCUGGCCGCCUCGUCAACGGGCUCGCUGACCGGCCGCUCCAGGUCGUCAUCCUCGAGGGCUGGUGCGUCGGUUUUCGACCGGCCGAUCCGGCCGUCAUCGAGGCCAAGUGGAAGACCGCUGUAGCUGCUGCUGCUGCUGCUGCUGCUUCACCCACACCCGUUUCCUCCCAACUACACAAACACAAACUCGAGCACCUCCUCUUCGUCAACAGCCAGCUCGCCGCCUAUGAUUCCGCCGUCACUCGUCGCCUCGAUGCCUUCAUCCACCUCGACGCCCAGCAGACCCCCUUCGUCUACGCCUGGCGUCGCGAGCAGGAAGCCGCUCUGCGCCGCGACCGCGGCUCCGGCAUGACCGACGACCAGGUCGACCGCUUCGUCGACGCCUACUACCCCGCCUACGAGCUCUUCUCCGACGGCGUCCGCCAGGGCCUCUUUCUGCCCGACCGUCCCGGCUGCCAGCUGCGGCUUGUCGUCGGAAGAGACCGCCGCGUCCAGGAGACUGUCGUCUUGUAA